AUGUCUCUACGCAGGUUCGCCCCAGUUACAGCUACACAGAAACCAACAUCAAUGCAGCGUGACUUUCAUCAUAUCUCAUUUGCAGAGCAGCUAAUCAUGCAAGGAAACAAAAGUAUCGAACAUAUCCAUAUCAAUCAGAACUUCAUGAAACCGAGCCAGCCACCAGGCCGCUCGGCAGGAUAUCCCAAGGAACAGAACAAGGACUCGUCCACUGGUGUAGCAGACAUGCAUCAGAUCAACGCCAGUGCCCCCGUCACAAUCUUAUUGCGCCACAGAAAUGCAUCCAGGACAUCCCCGAAUCGAUACAAGUGCGGGAAAUCGCAGCCGUAUUCAGUCGGGAAUAGCAAAGCUGUCUGA